AAUCCAUAUUUCAAAGUUCAAAAAUCAAAAAAAAAAAAAAAAAAAAGAAUGGUUGGUGCUGAACAAGUUCUGAAACUCCUAGACUCCUAUUGGUUUGAGACUACAAUCUUAAGCAACAAAGCCCUUUCAAAACUUGAUCAAUAUUCCCAUAAUAAGAAGGUGGUGGAAGAAGGAAAAGAAGAAGAACAAGUGAUUCAUAUAAAGCUCAUAGAAGAAGUUGCAAAAGCAGCUAAUAAUACACUUGAAUUCAGGUCCUUCAGUGAUCAAAACUUGGGAUACACGGCAUCUGUUUUCUCCGAUUCGCCGUCGCCGAAUUCCGUCCUCCCUUUACAGAAACUGAGGACAAUUCCUUCCGGAACAGACGUAAGAGAAUUCGCAGUGGAAAGUUCUAGAAUCCAUGAAAACCAACGCACUGUCAAAAGAAGAAGAUUCAAGAACAGAGGCAAUUUUUACAGCAGCAAGAGCUUAACGGAACUUGAGUUUCAGGAGCUGAAAGGGUUUAUGGAUUUGGGUUUUGUGUUCACUGAAGAAGAUAGAGAUUCAAGGUUGGUUUCUUUGAUACCUGGGUUGCAAAGACUGGGAAGAGAAGAAAACGAAGAACAGAACAAAAACGAUGAAAUUGCUUUGGUUUCGAAUUCUAAGCCUUAUUUAUCAGAGGCUUGGGAUUUUUAUGAACAAAAGGAGAUUAGAAAUAUUUCAUUGUUCAAUUGGAGGGUGCCAGUUUUGGGAAAUGAGAAUGACAUGAAGCACAAUCUUAAGUCUUGGGCUCAUACAGUUGCAUCUAUUGUAAGAUAACCCUCGGCCCGAAAUUCACCUUUAAGUUAUUUUUAUGUGAAAUUAAUAGUUAAAAAUUGUAAGAUAAUUUAAUAUAUUUGAUUAAAUUGUAAUCACAUAAAUAAUCGUAUGUAAA